AUGCCGCUCGAUGGCGACGACGACGCUGGGGUUUUUGCCAUCAUGCUACCUCAGACGAGUGAUAGGUCUUUACAGGGUCUUCAAGCCUAUCGCCCCUACGAGAUCAGUGGAGGUGGUCUGGGAGACAAGUUCGCCAACAAUUUCAUGAUGCUCACACUUCGCAAUCCUGACAGCGAUGCUGGCACAUUAGAGACCGUGCUCUCGGUGUUGUCUCCGCAAGAGCGAGCUGACAUCGCCUCGAAGCUUAGGGGACUACCGGAACCAAGACAGCGUCUCUCUUCUACCCCCAAGCUAUCGAAAUCCACUGAUGAAGAUGCUGCACCUUCAGCACCGAAUGCCGCACCUCCAGCAUCGAAUGCCAUGGCAAAGGUCGAUGACGAUGAAAGCGAUGCUCAUACUAAGCAACCCGCCGCGAGGAAGCGGAGAAAGCUUAGCGAAAAUAGGACCCAGAUGUCGAACGUGAUCGAGGUUGUUCCCAAGGAAAGCAGUACAUGCCCUUCACAGUUGCAACCACAACAACAACCGACGCCACAACCUGUACCUGAGCCACAGCCAGAGCCGGAACCCCAACCCCAACUUCAACCCCAACCCCAACCCCAACCCCAACCGCAGCCACAGAUACAUACGCAGACUCAACGAACGUCAGAAACACCUGUCGACGAUGUCAAACAGCAUGCUCCAACGCCCGCGGAUACAUUCAAACCUCCGCAUCAAGCCAUCAAGCGCACAAACUCUACCAGCAUCAUCUCUCUUGAUUUGACCGACGAACAAGCCGAGCGCGUGUAUUUCAUUUGGUCGGUCGACGACGAAGGCAUGGAAAUGGAGUUUUAUCACACGCUACGCGAAUGCAAGUCUUUUGGAGGCCUGCUCGGCCUGCUGGAGGAAGAGAGUGAGGACCUACCCUGUGUUGCGAGCAUAUUGGAGAAAACCAAAACCUGGAAACUGACAUACGAUCUUGGUGACGGUAUCAGCAAAGCGAUCGUAGCCCGCAAAGGCACGGAGACCGCAUUCGAUCGUCUACAGACUACACUUGCUCAAUCGUCUAUCUGGGCAGACAAUCCUCAAGCAAAAGUCGAUAUCGUACUCAAGUCUUUGAGCCGGCCAAACCCUGCUUGA